UCGAAUUUGUGAUUGAUUUUGUUUUCUAGCUUUAUUCGCUGCUUAUGCUGCUUCGCCCAAUAGCCUCGCUCUCGUCGGACAAUCUCUACUUCGUGAUUGGAAAUGAAAUCAAAAAUCAAAGUACAAUCAGUUCCUUAUGAAGUUGUUCCUUAUAGUGUGUUCCAGGAUGUAUAUUGGAUUUAAGUGGAUUUCACUGGAUUUGGAUUUGACGAAAAUCACACCUGGACAAUGAUCCUGCAACUGAUUUGAUUUCUUCUCAUCACAACAUGCCUACUAUUUGUUGUUUGACAAGUGACUGCUGUAACCACGUGUCAGUCAUUCACUUUACGCGCUCAAAGACCCUUCUGUAUACGCGCUCAAAAGUGAAAAUUUUCUACUGGCCUAAACAGAAAACAACCAGGAAGUUGUGGAGGUUUAAGAUUCCGCUUCGAAAGGAAUAGAGAAUUUUUCUCAAGUACAGUCUUUCAACUUUUUGCAAAAGAACGAUGGCUCAAGACUGCUUAUCUUUAAAGGAGAAAGAUCGAAAUUCUUGAAACAUGAAAAAGAGCAAAAUUAGAGUCCAAAUGAACUGGAGAUUUUUAAUUUCUGGUACUUGCCUAAUCACAACUACCCUUUGGUAUGCCUCUUUUCUUGCCGUCUCUUUCCUCGAGCAGAGCGAAUUGUGUUGGCAGUUCAUCGCCGUCAAGAGUUCGAGGUGAAGCAGGAUGUGCUGCCAUUCAGGGGCGGCCUGGCCUUUUUUCGUCCGGAAAGGGGGGUGAUAGUAGCAAAGUAGCGUCCUUCAUAAUUGAAGUUGUUGUCUUUUUUCAGACAAAACUUUCAUUUAUCAGAACUACCUUAAAUGAAAACAUGUGUAUUCAUUUAAUUAGUUAAUUUCAUCUUGAUUAACUGGCUCCGACAAAGAUCUGACACAUACUGAGCUGGCCAAAAACUGUUAUAACAGUUUGAGCUGUUAUUAUUAAGGAUGUCGAAGCAAAGAGCUUUAUACCCCUGCACUCUGUUCAAGAAGCACCUUAGAUCCUAUCUAAUGCUGGCUAAGUUUUCAGACCCUAUUUAGUACAAUUAUGAUAGCUAUUUUCAAUAGCUACUGCAUUUUCAGGCUAUUAAUUUUUAUAUUUUCUGAUGGGAAAUCUCAUGACAACGUUGCUGCAUCCUUUUAUUUAAUAGCAAAUAAUAUUGUCUGUCAUAAACGAAAAAAAUCAAGUAACUUUUUGUUAGUUGGCCUUCGAUGAACCGAUCAGCUAUCAAAAACCUUCAUCCUUCCUGCCCAUGUGUCUAUAGCCUUGCAGAAAUUAUUGGCUCACCUAUUUAUAGUUUUGCAUUUCAACCAUGAAGUCAUUCAUUGUCAACGUUGAUAUCUUUAGCUAACGUACAUCAAACGUCCUUUUUGUUUGAUUUUAUAGGAUGUGUCGUUUUAAAGUACAGCUUUAUGUGCAAACUAUAUGAGUAGACGAUUUUUCUACUGAAUAAAUCAUGCUACAUUGGAAGUACAAGGUCGUUUUAUGCUCAAAACUGAUUUUUUCUAAUCAUAUCUUCCGAUUAAUUGAAGUUCUGAUAUUUUCAUAUCUCUGUUGUCGGUGAAAUUAAGUGGCUGUUUUGUGCAUGUAUUCACUAGAUUGACGUCAAUGUAAUGUACACCAUGGUCACCUUAUCCUACUUCAACAUUGUCCCAUUCAUUCUUUUAUAGUCAACAGAACCCUUGCUCUCAAACUAACAUUAACGAAGGUUGUGUUAUGUGUGUCGAAUAGAAGAUACUUCAAGAGUACCUUGUGGGGCUGUAUCAAGUAUUUUUUUGCUGUAUUCCAAACGGGUCGCAAUCCUAACCCUUAAAAUAUAUUGAUGUGCCAUUUUGGUCAUGUUCCCAUGUCAAUAUACUUUCAGUUCCCGAGCUAUAUUGCGUAUUGCUGUCCACAUGCAAAGUCUGUACAUCCUAAACAAUAAACAUCACUCUGAUACAAUUGUCUACCAGGGAAAAAGCAAGGCGUAUUUUUACAACGAAUCAGACCUAAGAGACAAACACUAAAAUCAUCACUGGAAAUGAAGAAGGACUAGGCUGCAUACCUGUUGCGAAAAACAAAGAGCAUUGAUUUCUGAUUACUGUUCCAGAAGAGUAAACUCUGAAAGUAUCCUUGUUUAAUGACAGACGAAUUCAUAAAAUUCACGCGAGUUGGCGCUAGGGAUUGUAACAGGGCUGUUUAAGAUAUCAACAAAGGGUCUCCAACUUUGGUGCUUAAACCUGUGAAUAUCUUAAUUAGAAUCAUUGAUUCAGCUGACAACAGACUUCUUAAGCAGGGAUGGUAAACAUUUGCUCAUAGGCAAGAUCGAAUUCACGUGGAGACAACCAAGACUUAUUGAGUAUGAAAGCUAACAUUUUCUCAGCUCUUUGUAAGCGCUUCAAUUGUGCUUGUUAGUCCAAAGCGAAAAGGAUAAAGUUUUGACACCGAUUGUAGACCUUCUAAUCAAUUACAGGAGCACACUAGAGGUCCUCUUUGGAAUGCCAAGUGAUAAAUUAGUUUAAAGAACAACUUUUUAAACAUUGAUAUCCAUAUUGGACAAGAAAUCAGACGAUUUGAGAAAAGGAGUUUUGCGAGAAAGUUCUUUGUCGAAAAGCCAGGAGUCAGUGGAGUGUGUUAAAAAGAAUUUUCAACAGUUAGUUUUGCCAACAGGGAAGAAGUUUUUCCUUCUUUAUAUGUUUGCAUGUUUACACGACAUAAACACAAGUUGGUUUUAUUGAACUCUAAAUUUCGAUCGUAGAUAGGUCAAGUAAGAGCAUCUCAUCGUAAAGAGAAGAGAACACGAAACUAAGAUGACAGAUGCAAGUAAAUGUGGAAAUUUCAAUGAAAUACCCGGAAUAUCGUUCUUCACAGCCGCUGCAACGGCCGUCCUUACAGUUGCAACAACAAUUGCACACUGCCUUAUCCUCUACGCUAUAAUUAAAGACCGCGGAAAGAAGUUCAAGAUAUUUUUCUACAAACUCCUAUUGAACAUCUCGAUCGCAGACGUUCUUUCUGGAAUUUUUAACGACCCUUAUGCCGUUAUUUUCCACGCGCAAGAGGGUCUGAAAAAAACGCCUAUUGACAUACGGGUCUUUCACGUCUCACUGUUCCUGUUGGGUAGUAUUCCACUUUUUACAAUGGUUAUGUUAGCUGUUGAUCGCAUUUUAGCACUUAUGAACCCGACAGUCUACAGGCAUGGCUUCCAAGGCUUGAAGUCCUGGUUGAUUUUAGCUGCUAUUUGGUUCAUCUCAAUUUUACAGAUUCUGGCAUAUUUCCAAAUGGGCUUCAUCCCUUAUCUUGUGCUGUUCGCAGGCAUCAAUAUUGCUGUUGCUGUCAUUGCCAUGUUGGUAACUUUUGGGUUUUAUCAUAAAAACCUCGGUCGCAGCACAAAGACAUCCAGUCAAAGCAUGAACAGCGGAGAAAAACCCUCACGCCGUCGCCAAGAACGAGAAAAAAAAGCCACGCGCACAUUUCUCUUCAUGUCUUUGGUGAUUGUGUUCAGUUAUAUGCCAACAUGUUUUGCUACAGGCUACAUGAAUUCGUGCACAAGCUGUGAUUGUGCCAUUGUUCACAGCCUGAGGGACAUUGCUAUUGUCUCAAUUCUUGCAGGUCCCUUGUUCAGGGCGAUCAACUUCAUGGUUUGCUUGAAGUCAUUACGUACUGGCUUAUGCAUUAUCAGGAUUGAACGAAGACCAGCAGAGUCAUCCCAGGUAUCGUCUGACCAGCCAAAGCUAAGGAAUUCAGAGGCAGGAAAAUUGUCAAACAAAGAAGAUGUGUCGGAUAAAGAGGCGAAGAACAGGGAAACAAGCAUUUAGACUUUGGACAGGGUGAUAAGGAGAAAGAAUUAUAAGUCAAUCUUUGUGUUUAAAAUUAGCCAUAAAAUUUGAACUUCAUCAUCUAAAGGGGUGUGAAACAAAAAGAUAUAGUUCAGUAUAAGCUGGCUUUGAAAAAUGAAAAUCAAUUCAAAUUUUGUAGAAUUCUACGACCCUAUGAACCUGAAAGUUAUUUUAAACUUACAAACAUUUGUCUCGUACGUGAGUUAACACCAUUGGUAGUUUUUUUUAGCCUUACAGACCACGAUCAAACGAUUCGCUUUUAAAAUGGCUUCGAUUUGCUCUCUUAAAACAUAUUGUUUCCUAAAGCGCAUCAUUGAAAGCUAUUAGAGAUUAGUUCGCCUCAUAUAGAUAGAUUAAGGUAUAUAGAUUGAAGCUAGUGACACCCUCGACUUGAUUUGACUUUUCAGGCUGGUUAUCCUUCAGAGGCAAGUGUCCUUCUGAAUUGCAAAUAGCAAAACGCAGUUUCACCUACAUUUACGUGCUUUAUUUCCAACCUGUCAAAGACAUUAGAUAGAAAGAGUUAGUCUUACAUCUUUAUCAGUCUAUACAUCUCUAUCUAAAAGACGUUGGUGGUCACACUGUGAUGUACCAAGUUUAGAAUUGCGCCCGUCGACAUUGGCACUUAAUCUGUACACCUCUAGGUCUGUGGUGAUAGAUAAUAUCGAAUGCACAAGAGUAUACUUCGACGCUAAGUGUAAUUAUGUUCAUGUAACUCAAAUAGAAGCAAUUGUAUUCA